AGUGACUGCCAAACAAUGAAUAUGACCAUUUUUAUCGUUUUCGUGAUAUGUUUGUCAUGUGUAUCGUUGUCAUUGGGAACAGAAACAUGCCCUCCACUAACAACAAUCAAACCACCGGAUGAUAUCCAAAAGUCGUUGUUUUAUCCGAGUAAUUGGAAUGAUGAUCUCCCAACUCCAAACUUUGCCGCUGGACAAAAAUGUUCUUUCAAAGUCAUUGUUCCAAACAGAAUGUUUGCACAGGUCUUCUUGACGGUUUCAGUAGACUCUACAUCAUCUUUUACUGUGACUGACUCUGCAAACUAUACGACUCAAAUCACAUCUGCUAAAAAGGAACUGUUCUUCUGGAUGGAUCCAUCAGCCACUCUUUCCCUUCAAGCAAACCAUGUCGCAGUGUUUGGAAUGAAGAUUACAUGGAAUACAAUUGGUCCAGUUGUUCCACAAAUUCGGACAGUACAUGCAAAAUCCCCUCCCUUGGCAUUAAAUGCUAUGUCUUCUACUAAUCCGAUUGUCGUUAAAUCUGAUACACAUGUUUCUUUUCUUCCAAUUCCCCAGAACUAUAAUUAUUUGGAUCCUAUUCUCCGAUCAGUACAAGUUUAUGACGGUCCAACAAUUGACUCAACUCAUUUGGGAACUUUGUACCAAGCGAUCGCUUCAAACAACAGUUUGGUCUCAUCAGGAAAAUAUUUGACAUUUUACUCACUUUCCUGGUACUAUUCUGUUAGAAAUAUUGUCAUUCUGCAAGACUACUCUGAUAUUCAAAAUUAUGCUUCAUACCAAGCGUUUACUUGUCAUAAUUCAUGUGGUGUGUCUCUUGAUGCAAGUAAAGGAACUGCUGCAGUUCUUCUUUUCAAUAGUUUAUCCUUUGUGAAUCAACUUUCAAUGUCAGAUAACAACAGCACGCUCUCGGUAUAUACAAACAGUAUUAGUGAUGACAAUAAGCUUUCCGAUUACUCAUACUCAAACUCCCAAACCAACAUUCCUCAAAAAUUUGUUGGAAACUACACGAUAUUUGUUCUAGACAAGGGUCAAGCUAAUCUCAGCUUGAAAACAUAUACACCGAAUAAUGCGUGGUGGUCUUAUGUUUUUUACGGACAGCGAGGAUUCUUUGCAUCACCUAACUUUGGAACAAGUGAUUCUGAUCAAAAUCUUUGUGACGCAGUAUCUAUCAAUGGCAAGCAUCCAGCGAAGAUCACCUACACUGUUGAUAGAUCUGCAAUUGUUGGUCCUGCUGUUCUCACUGUUUCCAUUGGAGGCAAUAUAACUAUAUAUGACGUCACCAACCUUCCUGGACCGGACCCCAUCUCUGCGAUAGGAAUGUCUAUUGCCGUCAAUUAUGAAUCAAAUGGUGUUAUUUCGACAGGGGCAUUUGUAUCCUUUGAAUUUCAAAAAUCUGCAACAUCAAAUGGAAUUCUUUUCACGAUUGUUUUGACAAUCUGCAUGGCGAUUUUCUUUUAAUUCACUUUUUAAAAAUUUAAUUUUUUUUUUGAAAUAAAAUUGAACUGUUUAAU